AUGGCUAAUGGUGUAAAUGGUAACGGAGUUUACAGAAACGGGAACGGGAACGGUGUAUAUACAAAUGGCAAUGGUAGAAAUGGGAAUGGAGUGACCGUGUACGCCAAUGGCGUUGUGGAUCCCUUCCGAGCUCUGGCCGAUGCCAUUGGCGGCGGAGGCGUCCCAGGUGUGGACUACCCCAUCCUGGCCUUCGUCCCCGCCACCGGCUUCUCCUGCAACGGCCAACUGCCUGGAUAUUACGCCGACACUGCUCCCGAGGCCGGCUGCCAGGUGUUCCACAUCUGUCAGGCAGGAGGCAGGAUCGACUCGUUCCUUUGUCCCAACGGCACAGUGUUUAAUCAGCAAUACUUCGUGUGCGAUUGGUGGUACAACUUUGACUGUUCCACGGCUGAACAGUUCUACGGAUUGAAUGCUGAGAUUGGUAAUAUCAAUGGAAAUGGAUAUACGAAUGGCAACGGUUACUCCAACGGUAAUGGAAAUGGUUACAGUAAUGGCAAUGGUAAUGGUAACGGUUACACCAACGGUAAUGGGAAUGGUAACGGAUACACCAAUGGCAACGGCUACAGAUACACAAGUGGCAACGGUAAUGGAAACGGGAACAAGUACAGCAAUGGUAAUGGCAAAAGAAACGGCAACGGUAAUGGAAAUGGGUUUACCAACGGAAAUGGGUAUAAGAAUGGUAACGGAAAUGGAUACAGCAAUGGAAAUGGAUAUGCUAACGGCAAUGGUAAUGGGAACGGUUACACCAACGGAAAUGGUUUCAUCAAUGGAAACGGUUUAAGUUAUUAUGUCUUUAGUUACAUGAAAGCUUAG